AUGUCGCAUAGAUGGGACUACAACUCAUCGUCAUCUGUUACACACUGCCAGACUCCUAUCCUGUGUGGUAGGUGGACAGUGACAGAGCAAAUCAAUGACUCCAUGUCACAUAGAUGGGACUACAACUCAUCGUCAUCUGUUACACACUGCCAGACUCCUAUCCCGUGUGGUACAGUGACAGAGCAAAUCAAUGACUCCAUGUCACAUAGAUGGGACUACAACUCAUCGUCAUCUGUUAAACACUGCCAGACUCCUAUCCCGUGUGGUAGGUAUACAGUGACAGAGCAAAUCAAUGACUCCAUGUCACAUAGAUGGGACUACAACUCAUCGUCAUCUGUUACACACUGCCAGACUCCUAUCCCGUGUGUGACAGAGCAAAUCAAUGACUCCAUGUCACAUAGAUGGGAUGACAACUCAUCGUCAUCUGUUACACACUGCCAGACUCCUAUCCCGUGUGGUAGGUGGACAGUGACAGAGCAAAUCAAUGACUCCAUGUCCCAUAGAUGGGACUACAACUCAUCGUCAUCUGUUACACACUGCCAGACUCCUAUCCCGUGUGGUAGGUGGACAGUGACAGAGCAAAUCAAUGACUCCAUGUCACAUAGAUGGGACUACAACUCAUCGUCAUCUGUUACACACUGCCAGACUCCUAUCCCGUGUGAUGGGACUACUAACAACUCAUCGUCAUCUGUUACACACUGCCAGACUCCUAUCCCGUGUGGUAGGUGGACAGUGACAGAGCAAAUCAAUGACUCCAUGUCCCAUAGAUGGGACUACAACUCAUCGUCAUCUGUUACACACUGCCAGACUCCUAUCCCGUGUGGUAGGUGGACAGUGACAGAGCAAAUCAAUGACUCCAUGUCCCAUAGAUGGGACUACAACUCAUCGUCAUCUGUUACACACUGCCAGACUCCUAUCCCGUGUGCGAUCACAGUUGUCACAGUCACGGAAACAGUCAUUCCCGCCCCCGAAGCCACGUUUGGAAGCGGGAGCGGACACUACUGUCCCGACUCCUCAUCGAGUCCCACAUCGAGGAGAGGCUGGCUCAGCACCCGGGGACUGCAGAGCCACACACAUUCUGUGCACAAACAUAAGUCUCUCCAGAUGAGCAACACAACUCCUGUUGAAAGUGCACCUCGUUUCCAGGAGAGAUUCCUCCUCCCAACGCGACAGAGUUCUCCACGAGAGUAA